AUGUUUCAAAAUAGAAAUGGUAGAGGUGGAUAUGAGAGAAGAGAUAACAAUGCUGGGGGUGGCGGGGGUGGAGGUGGAGGUGGUGGCGGUGGAUAUAACCAACAUCACCAUCAACAACAACAACAACAACAACCACAUAAAAGAACAUAUAAAGAAGAAACACUAUCAAAGCUAAGAUCAAUAGAAAGAGAGAGACUAAAAGUCGAAAAUACACUAGAGGCUCUCGAGAAGAAAGAGAAAGAACUGGCCUCUGGAGGAUACAGCAGCAGCAGUACAAGCACUACCGGCAAAAGAAAAGAUAGAGAUAAACAAAACAGCAGCAACGAUAAUUACAACCACAGCAAUAGAAGAGAUGAGCAUAACGAACAAAAUAAACUUCUAAAAACAAGAGAGGAGUUAAAAAAAGAGACAUCUCAACCAAUGACCGAAGAAGGAAAGAAACGUGGUAGAAUGGUAUUCGGAAUGUUAAAUAGAACUCUUUUAGAUUUCCAAUCGAAUAUAUCAAAGAAAACUGAAAGUGAUAUAAAAAGAACGGAAAUGGAGAAAAAGAUUGAUGAAGUCGUGGUGAAGGCAGAGGAAAAGUUGAUCGAAGUAGAGAUGAAAAGUAUUCAAGAGAAAAAGGAUCAGAGUUUGAAGGAGUUGGAGGAGAAGAAGAAGGAACAAGAGGAACUCUACAUGGGAGACUCACAAGAAACUACUGGAUCGACACCCGUUAAAGACACUGGCAAAGCCGUCUAUCUACUUUCAACUGGCACCGAGAGCACCUCAUCACUUGAAGAUGGACGUGUUGAGUUUACCACUCAUUUCAAAUCGAGAAAUACACUUCAAAGUUCUGGUACCACUUCAUCGACAUCGGCAACAACAAAAACAAACAACACAGCCGGUGCUGGUGACAAUGUGGAGGAAUCUGGUGGUGAUAACAAUAAGAGUAACAAAUCAAGUAAACGUGAAAGGAGAAGAAGAGAUGAUCAUCAUUCCGAUGAAGAUGAAGAUGAAGAAGAUGAUAAUGACUAUUACGAUGAUGAUAGUAAUGACAGUAAUGAUGAUGAUGAUGAUUAUGUUGAAAAAGAAAAAGAACAAGAUGAAAACAAAAAAGAUAAACAAGAUACCGAUAUGAAGGAAGAAACAGCAUUAGAAACAAUAAAAAAUGAACAAUCAACAAAAGAAGAUCAACAGAAAUCAGCAGAAUCAAAUGUAAAUGAACCUCACACCACCAAUACAACAUCGACAACAGAUUCAGAGCAAUCUAAAUCCGAUCAACAGCUACCGACAUUGUAA